AUGUCUCGAUCUAGUCGGCGCGGUCCUUGGUUACCAGAGGAAGAUGCCUCACUGCUGCAUCUCGUCCGGACGCAAGGUCUGAACAAUUGGGUCCGUAUAUCACAACACAUGCAACAUCGAUCGCCGAAACAAUGUAGAGAACGAUAUCAUCAAAAUCUCAAACCUUCUCUCAGCCACGAGCCUAUUUCGGCACAGGAAGGCGAGGUGAUUGAGCAACUCGUCCAAGAAAUGGGCAAGCGGUGGGCUGAGAUUGCGCGGCGUUUGGGGAAUCGCAGUGACAAUGCGGUAAAGAAUUGGUGGAACGGCAGUAUGAAUCGUCGAAAGAGAAAUACAGCCCAGCAGAAUGGCGGUUCGAAAAUGGUGGGAUAUCGGACGCAGCCUAUUCCCGCAUCAGCACCUUCGCGACAGCUAUGUCUACCAGACCAAACUGCCUCUACACGAGAAGCCUACGGAGCUCCUUAUUCUAUUCCGCCGCCCUUUCACAAACCUGAACUUACUCCGAACCAUUCUGGAUUCACUGGCACCCAACACUUCAACCCAGAACCUGGUUAUCGUGUUCAUCACCAGACAGAACGACCACGGUUCCUUGGCCAUGCUCAUUUCAAGUCUUCAUCUUAUUCGACGUAUGAUCCGUCAGCUAACAACACUCGACCCACUCUCUCACCCGGAUUCGGUUCCCACCAAGUGAGGAAGCCUUCUCUCCCUGAGCAACCAUCUUGGCCUGGGGCGCGAUCCGCGGAGCGUCGCGACUGGCAGCUGCCACCCCUAAAUUUUGAACCUCCUGUGCCUUCACCUGCGGCGACAGAAAUCUCACACACCUCGUCAAAUCAGCAAGCACCGUCUUUGGUUUCAGACAACCAGUCGAACUGUUCAAUUUCACCAAAGACAAUCCCUUCGCCUCGACCGAGAAUGCCUGCCACAAGUGCACCUACAGUGCAACUGCUGUCCGACAUGUCCGGGCGGAGUAGCACCGGCCAUUUCACAGAGGGCAAGAUAGACGGAACUGAGCAGCGACGAGACGAUGUAUACAUGCAAACAUGCUCACCGGUGGGAAGUGCAGAGUUAUCACCCUCCAAUGUUGUGGCCCUUCCCGGGUUACUGCACCAUCUCGCUCUUCCCGAGCCGGCGACGAGUUUGUCUGAAUCCAACAGGCUCGAAGACAGAGCACACCGAAUACAACAGCCUCCGAAAAUGGAUAUACUGGGCGGAAGAGAUGCUCGGAUGAAUGUGGCCCGGCUAAUUGAAUAA